UUUCACAGUAUAACGCGGAUCAGUGCCAGGUAUCCUGUAGGCUUGCAGAAUGGAAUGCUUUCCAAUUAUUUAUGAAUUUAUAACAUUUUGGUUUAGAUGCACGGACUCUCAAUUAAUGAGUAAAUUGCAUUAAUUCCUUGAUCAGCAUUGCAGGUUUUCUUUUUGGUUUGAUUUUUAAGCAAAAAAUCCCUGCCAAAACUUUGCGAGAAGCGGGGUUAGGCGGCCGGACAAUUAUUUUCACCCAGCAGCAGUGGAAUGUGCUGCGACAGAAUUGAGCGUCAAUCCAGCGCUGUGUAAACCGUGUGUUGAGUCCCCAGCGCUGAGUGGCGGUGUCACAUCACAGACUAUUCUCUGCGGAGACCUCAUCCACGCAAGUCUUGCUGAUUCACUGCUUCGUGCAGGCACACAACGGGAAGCAGUGGAGAUAAACACACACACACACCCACAAGUACCACAUUCAGAAAGAGACAUCGGCAGCUCGAACCGCACGCGCCCCAGCCUUGGAGGAAGAGAAGUUGUGGACUGUUCCAUCCGCCGUUGCCUGGCGAAAUCUAACCAGUCUGACUGCAGCAGGAAGAGGUCUGUUUCUCGAUCACCUUCGAGACGGUGCGUUGUGGAAAUGUAACCGAGCUGCCCGUGCGGGGGAGCAUCGUCCCGGCUACGUUUGCAGCGCCACGGCCUUCUGCUAGUAUGAUUUAAACAGCGCCGAAAGUGGCGUUCAGCCCGAGUUACUGAGCAGCAAGUUGCCACUGACGGAGCGCAUUGGGGUGAUGGAGCUCGGCUGCGUUAUUCGGGGCAAAGUGUAGAAGUGGGAAGCUGGCAGCCUGCAGUAGUGACUGGCCUCAGAGCAACACCUGUUACCCAGCCAGCAGAUCAGCAUUUUCCUUUGUGCUGUAGCACAUGGAUUUCAGGACUGGGGCUGAGGAGCUACUCCCUGAUAUCUGCACCAAGACAGAAGUGAAAUUGUCAAAAACAGGAAUUUGUUUGCUCCAAGAUGGAAGUCAAGAGCCUUUUGAAGUGCGAUUGCACUUAGCAAAGGACAUUUUAACAAUUCAGGAACAAGACGUCAUCUGUGUCUCUAGUGAAGCCAUCUAUUCAAGUGAAAGAACAGUUUCAAUCAGAAGACAGACAAUUGGUGGAUUUGGUCUAAGUAUAAAGGGUGGAGCGGAACACAAUAUUCCAGUGAUUAUAUCAAAAAUCUCAAAAGAACAGAGAGCUGACCUGUCUGGCUUGCUGUUUAUUGGAGAUGCUAUCCUUCAGAUAAAUGGAAUAAAUGUUAGGAACUGCAAACAUGAAGAAGUGGUUCAAGUUCUGCGUAAUGCUGGGGAAGAAGUAACUCUCACAGUUUCAUUUUUAAAGAGAGCACCUGCCUUCUUGAAACUCCCUUUGUAUGAAGACUGCACAUGUGUACCCAGUGACCAAAGCAGUGGUACAUCUUCCCCACUUUGUGACAGUGGAUUACAUCUUAACUACCAUCCCAACAACACAGAUUCACUCUCAUGUUCUUCAUGGCCCACAUCCUCAGGUCUAAAGUGGGAGAAGCGCUGGUGUGAUCUACGGCUAAUCCCUCUUCUUCAUUCUCGUUUGUCACAUUAUAUUCCAGGAACUGAUAUUGUCAGGCAAAAUGCAUUUCAAGUAAUUGCUGUCGAUGGUGUCUGCAGUGGUGUCAUUCAGUGUCUCACUGCUGAAGACUGUAUAGAUUGGUUGCAAGCACUGGCCAUUAAUAUAUCCAACCUUACCAAGUACAAUAUUAAAAAGAUAAACAGGAAUUUUCCUGUAAAUCAACAGAUAAUCUACAUGGGCUGGGUAGAAGACCGGGAGCCAGACUCAUUGCAAGACAAACUAUACACACCAAAGUAUUUAGCUGUGAGAGGCUCUUGCCUAUACAAAUUUACAGCACCUCCGGUGACCACAUUGGAUUGGACAAAAGCUGUGAGGAGUUACACAGUCUAUGAAAUUAUGUGCAAAAUUCUGAAGGACAGUGAUCUGUGGGACCGUCGGAAACACUGUUUUAGUGUUCAGACAGAAAAUGGAGAGGACCUUAUCUUCAGUGUGGAAUUAGAAUAUGAACUUAUUCUUUGGGAAAAGGCCUUUCAGAUGGCAACCUUCCUGGAGGUGGAACGAAUGCAGUGUAAGACUUACGCUUGUGUGCUGGAAAGUCACCUCAUGGGACUGACAAUAGACUUCAAUAUGGGUUUUGUAUGCUUCGAUGCUGCAUCAAAGAUUGUUCUCUGGAGAUAUAAAUUUUCACAGCUGAAAGGCUCUUCAGAUGAUGGAAAAAGCAAGAUAAAGUUUUUAUUCCAGAACAUUGACACUAAACAAAUUGAAGCAAAGGAGCUGGAAUUUUCCAACCUUUUUGCAGUACUUCAUUGUAUACACUCCUUUUUUGCUGCUAAAGUUGCUUGCAUGGAUCCUCUCUACGUUGGAAGUCAGCCUGUUGUUGGGAAGACCAAGUACAGUAACUGAAAGACUUCUUUUUGCCCAGUUUGAAAGAAUUGUUGCUGCUCUGCUAAAGAUAAAUAUUUAACAUAGCAUAGCUGUGAUGGGUUUCAAUAACAUGCUUCGAGCUCAGGAGAAAUGUUGUCAGCUUUCAUUCUUCUUCUGUCCCAUCUUUUCUAAACAGUCACUUGAAUGAGUUGAACUAAAACAUCAACAGUUUACAGAUAUGGUAGCUUUUCUCUUUUUAAUGCUGAAAUUUUGUCAUGAACUACAAUCAAAUAUUAUGGUGAGAUACUUCCUGAAUGAAGAAUGCCACUGAUGAACUUAACGUACAUAAGAUUUCUUAUUGAAGAUUUCUCUGUGAAAGCACCCCCUCAAUUCAAUGUGCUUCUGCUUUCCAAAGAUGGAAUUUUUUAUGAACUUACAAGACAUUUAAGUGAUAUGAAAAUGUGCUUUAUCCAAGAUAGGUUUGAGGAAUGUGAUGAUUAGAAAUUAUGAUUCAAAUGGGCACAGCAGGUCAUUUUUACGUGAAAUAAUUUUUGUAGUGGAAAUGCCCUUAUUUUUACAAUAAGCCCUGAGUGUUUACUUUUUCCAUGUUAAGUUUCUGAACUAAAUAUAAAUAUGAAUUCAUGAGCAAAGCUAACACAAAUUAAUUCAUUAUGAUGGGUAAAAAUAACAAUGAUAAUUCAUUCAUCUGUGAGCUGUUUACACAUGCUGUGAAGACUGAGCUAACAUUUCUCUAUUAUGGCCAUCAUUAGCUAAGUAUAUUGCAGUUUUAAUUCCUUAAAAAAGUAUGCAUAAAUUCUAUAUUUAUCUGUACAUUUUGAACUACAACAUUCUGAUAAAAGCUUCUGGUGAAAUUUUAACCAGACGAGCUGGUUUUUAAAAGAAAAUCAUCUUAGUCAUACUAAUAACUAAACAUCCAAUACAUCUUCAAAGGUCCUUCAAACAACUCAUGUAAAUUGUUCAUUGUAAAGUUUCUACAAUCAUUUUUUGAAAAAAUUGAUGGCAGAGAAACUUCACAGAAUCAUAGAUGUACUAACAUUAAAUAACAUGAUUCCACUAUGUAAGUGGACAAAUUAAAAACAUUUUUGCUUGUGUUCUGUUAA